AUGAACCGCCUGAGCCCGACAUCGUCGGACUCUGGCUUCGAUUCAUGCUUCCCAGACAGUCCUUUCACCUCGUCUGUCUGUUCAAAGACCGGCCCUCAAUUUGCACCUUCCACGCCCCUCGAGGUAGCUGUUUCAAUGUGUAUUGGUGAAUGUCUUUUUAAGUUAACUGAAUUUUCAAAGAAAGAAGGAGCUUUGGUAUAUUUUCAGAAGUUUCAGAAGUUACAUGUAGAACAUCAAAAGUCGUUUUGUAUAGUUGAGUGUUGCUUUUUUGGGGAGCAGUCAAUGAAGAUUGGGGCUCUUUCAGCAUUCAUUUUUGACUCCGCAGAGUUAAUAAAAUCAGCUAAAUUGCAGGUGUUAGAAUAAAGAUUCAAAAUUCGAGCUACGCUUUCCAUUUUACAGAUUUGAUAAUUGAUAAUAAUAAAAUAUUCAUGUUUUAUCGGGAAGAUAAACAAAUGAAACUGAAGUAUCUAGAAAAAUUCUUCUUCUAUGGCUUUCGAUUUUCAGACGUGUCAAACACUGAUCGAGCCGCGUGAAGAAACGGCGGAUACGGAAUGCGCCGAUUGUACCGUUAGUACCAAAUUUAGGUCAGAUGAACAUGUAUUCUUUUCAGAAUGCUCCGUCAACAUCAUUUGCUACUCCAGAAGAGCCGAGGGCCGCAGAAGUCGACAAUGAAGCGAAUCUGGAGGAAAACAGGCGGUUCAUGUGCAGCUGCAGAUGGGGCGGCUGUCUUGAGCUCCGCAAAGGCUUCGACUUGCUCUACGACCACGUCGUCGAAGUCAGUCUGAAAAAUAACUAUCUACGAUGUCUUCUAAUUUAAUUGAUAAUAUAAAGAAAUUCUAGAAGAUUUACGAGUUUAUAUAGUUAUAAAGUCAACAAGUUUUGAAUAGCGCUCAGAAACAUCUAGAAAAAAUCACAUGAGAAGAAAUUUUUAAAUAACUGUCCAAAAAUCAGUUUUUAUGACCCGGAAAAAUGACCGAGUGAAUUAUUGUCUGUCUAUGAGAUUGUGUAAUGUUAAACUGUCUACGGAUUGAGAUGCGAGGAAAAGAGAAGAAACAUUUGGAUUUAUUCACUGCGGAACAUAUCCCCGGUUAAACUUUUAAUAAAACUUUGCUGAAGUCUUCUCCAUGGCCUUCUGAUUUCCGAACAAGAAAAAAAUUUUGCAAUAGAUUUGGUUUUCGAGUUAAGGCGUUUCAAAAACUCGAAAUAGCGCUUUUUGUCAUAAUUUGCGUGUUUUGCAAACUUCGAUGCUUCAUUAAUCGAAAGCCAGAUCUAUUGCGAGAAAUUUUUUUUCUUCCUGAAAUCAGGGGGCCCUGAAAUACACAUAAAAAAGUUUUCUCGAGAGUUCAACCGGAGACUAAGAAAAACGUUCCCUAGAUAAAAUUCUAGUAUUGUUUUUCAGUGCUCCCUCCUAUUAUUUGAAUUUUCGAACGUUUUUUUCAUAAUUUCGGAUGUGUUCAGAGCAGCUUGUUGAGAAAUUGAAAGGCGUAGGGGUCAUACUUCUUUACUUUUCAAUCUUGAUGUUGAAUUCCUCCGAAAUGUGAUGAAAAAGGAAAUUCAAAGUCUCCAAUCUACUUUUUACUGUUAUGGUAAUGAGUAAUUAACUUUUGUUUUCAGGAUCAUAUCAGAACCAUAACAAAGCCGGAGUCUUGUGUCUUAAACAGUUCUGACGAUGAAGAAGAUGAUUUCGCUUCGUGUCGUUGGAAGGAAUGUCGCCUUCAUCUUCCUCGCGGCGAUUUGUCUAAGAAGGUUCAGCUCGUACUCACUUUUUUGUUUCAUUUUGUAGCACGCGGUCAUACGUCGGCUGGAUCCCACCCCGGGGUGCCCCCCUCAAACUGCGGCCUUAUUUUUUUCUAAAUAAUUUCAAUAUGAAAAUAAGGAAAGAAAAUACUUUCAGUUGAAAUGGCUAGAAGAACACUACCGAACGAGGCACUCUAAACAGGCCCGUCCCUAUAAAUGCUUCAUGGAUGGCUGUUCCCUGCGGUUUCAAUCUACGAAAAUUCUCGAGGAACACAUUCAAAAUGGCCACAUCAACCGCGAACUCAAAGGUAUCUCUCUUGAAAGCCAACACAAAGGGAAAAGAUUAUAAUUUUAGAGAAAAAAGCUAAAAGAAAUGCGAAGAAAGAAGCGCCGAAAGGCUGUUUUGGCUGGAUGAAUUGCAUGUACAUCCCUCCGGAGAAUAGAGGCUUUUCCUUAGACGAAAACGUCGUUGAUCAGAUCUCUCGCGUGAACCGCUUCAUCAAGAAGAAUCGUUUCCAAAUCGUUCCUCUCAAGAGGUUUUCCGACAAUUUGAAAUGUUUUGAUGGUCCUAAUCAAUAGGGACGUCGUCGGGUCGAAGAAAAGAAAGACGCCUGGUUAUUCCCGAUACCAAUACGUUGCCUACAACGGAGAGGAGAAGACUGAAAAACCAGGUCCUAGCGCAGCUGAGGUGAGAUCUGUGGCGCUUUAUCAAUCAAUUUUCUGAAAAGAAGUUGCUUAAAUGCUUUUGAAUUACCAGCUCUUCUUUGAAGCCUUCGAUUCAUAAUUUUCUUUUUGUUGGAGAAAGUGGAAAGCUAAGGAGAUCUAUUUAUGUGAAGAGCUAAUAUAAACAAUGUUUUGAGUCGAAUUCAUUUUCUUUUAUUCAAAUAAUAUUUUUUCCAGAAAGCAGACAUUUUCGCUGAAACUCCGGAUUGGUUUGGCUGCGGAAUCACUGACGAUUCCAGCAGGUUUCUGGAUAAGAAGCUGAACUCGGCGCGGGUGUGCAACUACGACGAGCUGGUGGAGCAUUUUUCCAAACUUCGGGAGAAGAGAGCUAACGAGAAGUCUAAAGAAGUGGAAAAAGCCGUUCCGACGCCAGAACCGACGGAGAAGCCGCGACGACCGAUGCGCAAAGCCUCCGAAAAAGCUGCGACUGACAUUCUACUGCAAAGCGACGACUUCUUGAAGGAGUGCAUGCAAAGGUCUCCUCAGAAAAUGAAAAAAAGGCUUUCCGUCAAGAAGAUGGCGCAGGUCGUCGAUGAAGUGCAGCCUAAUAAGAAGAAGAAAAAGGAAGACCCACCACCAACUUCCACAGACAUCGCCAAAGUCUUUAAAAUCGGCGAAACUUUGUCUUUUGAGCCAUCCCAGAACAAUAUCCUUCUCGAGUUCGCAACCAUCGCUGCACAGAUUCAAGAGAAAAUGAAAGAAGGCGUGAAAAACACAACGGACGGAGACCUCCUCCGCACUGCCGUAGCCGAUAUUGUGAUGAAUCUCUCUCAAAGUCUUUCUUAG